GGCUGGGUGUAGGGAAGUGUCGGGGUGGGAAGGUCUUUGCCAAUUCUUUCCAAAUGGACAAGCACUUCCAUAGGCUAGAUGACCUUUAAUACGUUGACUGUCAAUGGAUAGACUUCAUUGUGCAUCCAAGUGCAGCCAAUUGUUUUUAAAGGUAGCACAGACCUCACUUAAGAAGCUCCAUGGCUGCUGGUAUGAGAUGUUAUCUGCUUUGCUAAUAAACUUACUCAGCAGAUAUGGGCAGGAUUUGCACUUUCUGUCUCCCUGGCUAAUUUAUCUCAGCUUCAGAUGAUGAAAUGAAGAAGUGCCUGUAUUUUGUAGUGCCUUCAGGUUCCUGGUAAUUGUGCUCUGAUGUUUCUCUGAAAUCUCUUGUUUACCCGCCCUGCCCCCACAGACAAGAUAGCAAAGCAAAGGAAUUCAGAGUGGGAAUAGAUAGUGCCCUGUCUAAAGCUCAUGUUGUGGAUCCUGUGAGUAUCUAUCUGUAAGAUCAUUCACUGUCUAAGCUCCUCCAGUGCAUGCAGAGCUUGGAGAUGAGUCCCUGCUGCUCUGGGACCUCCAUUAUCACUUGCUUUCUCUCCCCCGGUUCUCGUCUCACGACCAGACUAUAGCUCUGUUGUUGCUCUUCCCUCUCUUUAAGGCCCAUGUGAUUGCUCUGCUGCAAAUCCACUCACAGCAUCAGGAGGGGUGGUAUCCAUCCAUCCUCUGUGUCGCCUUGUCUCACUUCCGAGCCAGAGUAUGAAGAAACAGAACAUAGCUGCAGAACAAGCUGCUAGUUAAAGGCGUCUCAGUGAGUCCAGUGCCCUGGGCAGAGAGAUUUAACCCAUAACUGAAACGGGGCCAGCUUGGGAGUGGACCAAGGUACUCCUUGGUGUCAUCUCCUGACUGGACGGGGACACACACACACGCGUACCACUGAGUCGCCAUGCUGGAGGGAGGAAGUCAGUCACUUGGUGAAUCACCAACAGCCCUUCCUGCCCCAGCCAGGCCUGGCCAAGAGCGAUCUGCCUGGACUGCGGGAUGGGUGCUCACAGCUGGAGGGGAAUGAUGCCUACAGGGCAGGAAUAAAGAGAGGCCUUAGGAGAGUGUCCAGAACUCCAACAGGAAAGGUCUGUUCUGGGCCAGGGGAAAGAGAAUGGCUUGUCCUAGAGCAUCCCCAGCACUGGUGUGGCUGGAGGCCAGCAGGGGCCUGUUCAUUCUCUGUCUGGGGCAGCUCCUGCCCCAAGUGCCCCAGAUCCACCCCAUCCUUGUGCUGUUUCUCUCUCUGAGCCAGGCCAGAAAGGCAGGAACCAACUGGACCAGCCACAUGUGAUAAUGAAGCAACUGGUGCAGUAAAUGCGGAGCAUGCCGCUGUCUUCCAGAAGGAGCCCUUGCCAGCCCCAUGAUUGGAUCCCCUUGGUGCAGUUUUGAUGAAUUCUCUGCCCUCUUGUCUCCACUGCUGAACUAUCCCAGCAGCUCAUGCCCAUGUCUGCAAAGAGCAAAUCCUUUCCCUUGCAACGGACCAGAUUGCACCAAUUGCCAGGUCGCUGCCCAAGGCUGACCUAAUCUCCCCUUCACACCACGUGGCCUGCGGCCUGUUUAAUGCUGGGUCGUGCCACCCAUGGGGCACUCCACAGGUUGGGCUGCUGAGGAAGGCUGCCUCCUGCCAUGGCUGUGAGGAAUCAUGUCAGUUUAAAUGGCCAGAAAAAGGAGUUGAUCCCCUAGCCCCAUACGGGCCAAAGGGGAAGGGCUAUGGGGCGAGCCCCAUGUUCCUCAGAAUAAUGCUUAGGUAGGCGGCUUGCCUUAGGAUAGUCCCGGCUCUGGAGGUCGUCCCCAGGGCUGAGCCUGGGGAUUGAGGGAGUUCGUCAGAGGCCGUGGUAGGGUACUGGGAAGCCAGAGCAUUUGGUAUUCCAGACUUUGAGCCCCACUUCCAUUCCAGUGGUCCUAUGCUCCCCAUUGCACACACCACCACAGGACUCGGCGCUAUGUGCCUGGCAGGUUCCCAUUUGCCUGAGCGCUGGCCUGAUCUGUGCUGGGCACACGAGGUGACCUGCGAGUGGUUACUUUAGAGCUGGGGGGGCGGGUACGUGGUGGCUAAUGCACCUUUCAUUGUUUCAGAUGAGGGCCUGAGGUGUCCUGAGAAAACAAAAAUGAAUCCUUGAGGAUGCAAAUCUUGCCCACUGGCUCACAUUGAAUCUCAGGGGCUUCUGAAGGGCAGGAGGUAGGGAGGGGUCCCAGUGGGGCUGGUGGAAAAUCUGGGUCAGCCGAAGUGUAAACAGCCUAGCUGGUCUGGAGGCUCCCUCUGCAGGAACCUGUUUGUUCUGGCCUCUCCUCCCAGGCAGUUGCUCCUUGAUCGCACCCGUCCACAGCGGGGAUGUAUUCGAUCCUUGAACUCUAAGCGCCACAUAAUCAGAACUCGGGAGUGCUUUCCCGAGCUUAUCUCCGUGAUAAAUCCCCUCUCCAGUAUAAAUAGCAGCAUUGGGGACGCACAAGCCACACUCAGGAGGAGGAGCAGCAGCAGCAGGAGGCAGUGAAACUGGUAAGCGGCUCAACCCUUCUAGGAGUGUGACUUGCUGGGAACGGUUCCUGGUGAGAGCUGGGGAGUCCUGGGGCACUGGAGCUGCUCUCUGUGUGGCCCUGCUGCGCUAGGAGCCUCCCUCUGUCCUGGGAGGUUACACUCAAGGCAUGUUGAACUGCUCUGAGAGGUGAUGGAGGAGAGGCGCUAUCCUCACCCCACCCUGGGAGAACUGGCAGCAGCAGCAUAGCUGGGAAGCAGAAAGAUCACGAGCCCUACACCCUUUGCCUCCCUCUGGGCACUUGCUCGCCCCGUUGUAAAGGCACCAAUGCCCUUUGUUACAUGGUCUCGCCAGUCAGGCUGGUGCAGAGCCCUGAGACGCCUUAAGUGGGCAGGGGCAGAAUGGGGCAGUGCCAGGUGGGUAAGUGGGUCUCCCCUGUGGCUUAUGGGGGGGGAUAAUGGCAGAAGGAGCCAGGCUUGUCCCAGAUUGUCACCGUCCAGUGAUCAAUCAUCGACUGGCACCUCCUCGCUCUGUUAAGCAGUUUCUAUUGAGCCCCAAACUCUUUUGCUUUCUCCAGGUUGAGACACGCAGCCGAAGAUGAGAUCCGCUGUGAUCCUCGCCCUGGUGUUCCUCACAGGGACUCAGGCUCGCUACUUCUGGCAGCGUGACGACCCACAGACACCCCUGGAUCAGUUCAAGGACAUGGUCCAGGUCUACCUGGAGACCGUCAAGGCCAGUGGCAAGGAAGUCAUUUCCCAGUUUGAGGCCUCUGCAGUUGGCAAACAGCUUGACCUGAAGCUGGCUGACAACCUGGACUCACUUACGGUGGCAGCACAGAAACUGCAGGAGGACCUGGCUCCCGUCUAUAAGGAGACCUUGGGGCUGUGGGUGAAGGACACCGAGGCCCUGAAGCAGGAGCUGACCAAGGAGAUGGAGGAGGUGAAACAGAAGAUUCAGCCCUUCCUGGAGCGGUUCUACAAGAAGUGGACAGAGGAGCUGGAGAUCUAUCGCCAGAAGCUGGCCCCCAUCGGUGAGGAGUUGAAGGAGAUGACCAGGCAGAAGGUGGAGGGCCUGCAGCAGAAGCUGACCCCCGUGGUUGAGGAGGCCCGGGACCGGAUGCGUGGGCAUGUGGAUGAGCUGCGCAAGAACCUGACCCCCUACAGUGACGAGCUGCGCCAGAAGCUGACCCAGAAGCUGCAGGAGAUUCGGGAGAAGGGCAUCCCCCAGGCUGCCGAGUACCAGGCCAAGGUAAUCCAGCACCUCACCGCCUUCCGAGAGAAGGUCACGCCCCUCGUGCAGGAUUUCAAGGAGCGCCUGACCCCCUAUGCCGAGAGCCUCAAGACCCGCUUCCUGAACCUGCUGGACAACCUCCGAAAGAAUGUGGCCAAGGCCAAGUAGUGGCCCCAGGCCAGGGACUGACACCCCCUCCCCUAGCCACAAUGAGCCCCCAGUUGAUCAGCCACUGCCCUGCAUUCCACUGCUGCUAAUGCGCAUCCGGGUGAAGGCACCAGGUGUGCUCACUUCCCUCCUCCCCUAGUGCCUCUGCCCUUUGUGGCUGUCCCUUACUGAUCAAUCACUGUAGAACGAGGGUCCCUCUGCUGGGGGGCGGGGGCUGGGGUGGAAACCAGCACAUGCUUCACAGCACAGGGCGAAGGCCAGUCCGCUGCGAACAUCCUGCCCAGAACUGCUCUCCCUGUUCCAGGCUCGGGGCUCCCACCUGCCCAACCUUCCCCCCCUCCCUGAACUCUUCAUUCUCGUUUCUUUGUUUUGUCAAAUAAAAGUGAUUUAAGUUA